AUGUGGACGAGCCCUGCAACAGAGCCCGGGGACAUUGGGGAGAAUUUGGAGCAGCCCUUGACCCCUGCUGCUGCUGGCACCCCGGGGACGGGGUUACCCUACCCGGGCCUCCCAAACCCCCCCGCGGGGACGCAGCUCAGCCAUCCCAAACCUCAGUCCCGUGAGACCGGGGGAGAACCAGCCCCCCGUAACACGGACCCGGGGGGGACUAGUGACUCGAAGGCCCCCGCCACCCGCGGAGCUCCGCGCUCCCGCCGUUCCCCCCCGCCAUUCUCUCCACCCGCCCCCGGUGCCCUGAGGCUGCAGCGGGGCCGCGUCCCGGUCCCCCCCACGCGCCGCUCCCCACGGCGUGGGGGUCUGCAGGUGCCGCGCCAAGUUCCCCCCUCGCACUCCCGGGGCGGGUUCCCGGAGGUCCCCGCCAGGGCGGGGAAGGGGCUUCCCGGUGGGGGAGUCCGCGGUGGAGGCAGCAGCAUCAUCCUCUUUCUCUUCCUGGCCCCCCUGUUCCUCCCCACUAGCUCCCGCGGGCGCGGCGGCGGCGCGACAAAGCGCCGGUCCCCGGUGCGCGAUCGUACCUGCGGCGGGGGUUCAGCGCCGGCGGGCGACGAGCGGGGCGGGGAGCGGGGCUUGGCGGAGCGGGCCCCCCCGCAGCCGGGCCGCCGGGCCGCUCCGCCACAUCUGCAGGGGCUGGCGGCGGGGCUCGCCCCCCCGCAGUGUGUCUAUCUUCCCCCCCACACGAUGUACCCCUCGGUGUGUCCCUUUAAUCCCCCCGUCCUUAUGUACCCCCCGGAGCGAUGUGACGUCACACCGCGUGGCUGGCGUCACGCCUGUCGGGGGCCUCCGCAUGACGUCACCGGGGGGGGAGGCGGGGGGUUGUCCCGGGGCCGCGGCUCCUUCCGGCGGCAGGAUGUGGCGGGGCCGGCCCGGAUGCUGCAGCCCGCACCGGGGCAGGGGGGGGGAACAGACAUGGGACUCCCUCCUCGGCGCCCGCCGAGGGUUGUGGGGACAGUGGCCCACGCGGGUGGCCGGGACACGCCCCACCCGCAGAGGAGGUUGGUGUGGGGAUGGAGUGCAGUUGCUGUGACCCAAACAGCCACAACGAGGGGGGACACGAAGGCGGAGCAGCGCUGGCCCACGCGGUGGCUGACACCACCCCUCCAUCCGUGA